AUGCAGCGCAAUCGAGAUAGCGUGUUGGGUAGAAAAUCUGGCGCGGUGGGUGAUCUUACUCCAAAGAUUUGUUUGUUGUCCAACAGAGAAACCGAGAAAAACCUUGGGAUCGUCGACGUCAGUUUCUAUCUCUUGGGACGUGCAAGGGUACAAGGCAAACAGAAUGGAAUCGCGACCGACGUGCUCAUUACUGUCACACCCACACCGCCUACUCGCGGGAGGACAAAAGGGACUCGUCAAGAGAAGAGAAAGAAAGCAGAGUGGAGGUCGGGACGUGUAGGCGUUGGUCCGAAGAUUCCCAGCUUCGCGAUAUCCGCUAAUGCGGAUGGUGGGUUCGUGGGUUCGUGGGCGAGCGAGCAAGGGAAUCUGGAGACGGAAAUCAGUGAGGUGGUGGAGGGGACCCUUUGCUGCCGCCGGAUCGUGGUGUUGAUGAUGGCACGGGGUGUAGAGCAGUGGCUAGGCCAGGCUGGUCUUGUGUCACCACUGGCUCUCCAGUUGGCCAGUGUCUCUGUCUCCAGAGACGGAAGCUCGCGGUAUCCUGCAGUGUUUGAGGCACGCGCCAGAGACUUUCCAGAGAAAGAACGCGUCGAUGCUCGAGAUGAAGAUCGAUCAGGUGCGCACUGCAACUCCGAGCUGGGCUGGGUAGUGGACCAGGAGCUGAGGCCUUUUGCCGGGGCGACGUUCCACUUGCCCCGGGUCGAGGGGGAAGAAACGCUGCGGACGGUUAGCUGGAUGUACCUCGUCAAGAGAAUCCCUGGUGGUAGUGGUAGUGGUAGGAGCAGGAGCAGGAGCAGGAGCAGGAGCAGGACUUGCAAUGAAUUGAUCGCUGUGAUGACUAUGAGAUUCCUAGGCCAAGAGUCGACGUCGACGUUGGAAACGAAGUUGAAAUUUGGGGUGACACGGAAGCUUAGGAUCGCCUCGGAACACCGCUGCACGUACAAGGAAGAUGCGGUAUGGGCAGGUUUCGGGAAACACACAGGCGUUGAAUCGAAUUGGAUCCUCGAUACCUAUCUAACAGAGAGGAUGAGUCUGGGGGCGGCAGAGGAAGAGGUAGAGGUGAAAAGUAGUGGCAAAGGUAGAGGCGGAGGCAGAGAUGGAGACAGAAGAGGUGAGGUCCCCACGGGAGUCGUUGGUGUUGAUUCGGGACUCGUUAUGGGUUGGUUAGUUGGUCGGUUUAGUUGGUUGGUUGAUCAGGGACCCAGAGGAAUGAAGGUAGUUUUGUUGGUUCGGCGAGAUGGGGGUGGGGAGGGGGGUGUGGGCUUUGGGAUGGGAUGGAAUUUUUCGACACGACCCAAGAGAGAUACAGAGCCGGAAAGGACCUGCAGAACAAGACAGGACAGGACAGGACAGGACAGAACGGGAUCCGACCAGCGAGAGGAGAGAGUACCAGGUCGUCAGGCCCGCAGGCCUGCAGUCCCAAAAUUCCUCCUGCGGCCAGGGGGUUUCGGGGGAACACUAGAGGCUGCACAACAAGAGUUGAAGCCCAUAUCCAUGUACGUAUCCAUGCACACUGCCCUGGCGCCCAUGGGCCCGAGGGCCCAAGGACGUGCAGGGAACGGCGCAGGGGAGGCUGGCUGGCCAGGAGAUUUGGGUGCCGGUGUGAGGUGGAAGGGGGGUGGAAGGGAGGUGGAAGGGAGGUCGAGGGCGAUGGCGAUGGCGAUGGCGACGGCGAUGGCGAUGGCGAGCUCAGGCACAGCAUGUUAUAGGUACAGGCUCAAGGUAAAAGAAGAAGAAGAAGAAGAACUCAUAGCGGGUACAGACAUACGAGGACAACUCGCUCGGGUCCAAGGGGAGGAUAGGGCAACGGGCAAGACUAUCGGUAUCGGGACCAUUCAAGCCAUUCAAGCGGAGUCCAUUCAAGCGGACUGGGCAGGGCAAGCAUAG